GCAGAGUACCAUACAAUUCAUGAAGGGAAGACAGUAAGACAGUUAUAACAGACAGUAAAAUUUGAAAAAAGGAAAAGGGUAUUUGGGUAUGUGGGCAUUUCUUCAAUGCCUUUUGAAGAACAAAGCUCAUUGCUUGCUAAAAACACUGGAAGCCCAUGAAAAUGAUAGACUAGCCCUCUUUUGGGGUCUCCUUAUUCAAACAAAACGCCCCUUCUAUCCUCCUGUUUUUCCAUGGAUCCCAAAGGCUCAAAGCUACCUCAAGAAGUGCCCAGGUUCCACCAGGCCUUGGGGCUCCCUCAGCCGUCGGAUGCAAGGGAAAACAAGCAAUCUGACGAUCGAGAAUUGCAGAUUGUAGUAGCAGAGAGAGAUGAUUCAAAGAAGCAGCUGGCACCCAAGAGAAGCUCCAACAAGGACAGGCAUACAAAGGUAGAUGGAAGAGGAAGGAGAAUUCGGAUGCCUGCCCUUUGCGCGGCCCGGAUUUUCCAGCUCACAAAGGAGCUGGGCCAUAAAUCAGAUGGUGAGACCAUACAGUGGCUCUUGCAGCAGGCUGAGCCAUCGAUCGUCGCGGCAACUGGGUCUGGGACAAUCCCUGCUUCUGCGCUUGCAGCCGCCGGGGGCCCUGUUCCACAGCAGGGGAGCUCUGUUUCAGCCGGCUUGCAUCAGAGGAUCGAUGAAUUGGCCGCAGGGACCGGGCCAGGUGGUAGGCCUAAUUGGACUAUGGUGGGUGGGAAUUUGGGUAGACCGCACGUGGGGCCCGGGAUUUGGCCCUCAGUUGGUGGAUUCAGCUCUGGCAUCCUCCAUUCAUCGGUGCCGUCAGCUUCAAAUUUGGGUGGUGAGGGGUCGAAUCUCUUGCCGCGGAUCGGAUUCCAUGGAUUCGAAUUGCCGGGGGCUACCUUGGGUCCAAUGAGUUUUAGCCCGAUAUUGGGCGGGCCGCACCAGCAGCUGCCUGGUUUGGAGCUUGGUCUCUCUCAAGAUGGUCAUAUUGGUGUGUUGAACCCUCAGGCCUUGAGUCUGUUCUAUCAGCAAGUAGGCCAGGGGAGAGGAGGCGGGCCUGCACAUCAACAAACCCAGCUUCCCCCUACUACGAAAGACGAUUCGCAAGGGUCAGGACAUUAGGAAAUCAGGAGACAGUAAAAGACUUCAAUUUGAGAAGAAUCAGGAAGAAUACAAGGCUGAGAAGACGCGUUUUUUUUCUUCUUUUUUCGGAUUGUUUUUUAUUCUCUCUGUGUAAUUGCAGUUGUGAGUGAAGACAGAGAGAGAUAGAGAGAGAGAUGGUGGAAUUUCAGCCUUUAGUUGAAUUGGGUCAUCGGGACCGCAUUCGGGCGGAUGAAAAUCUGAAUUGCUUGGGAUUGGACUUACUCAUCCUGUUAAUUUACGGGAGUUGCGGUCCACUUGGGCCUGCUGUGAAAUGAACCAGUCUUGAUUAUUUGCUGCUCCUCUGUAUUAUAUGGUUGUACAGUUGGUGAUUUGGGACCGUCCAUCUGGUGGGCCUAAUGUGGAAGCAAUUCCAAAACAUGCUAUCAUAUCUGCCUGAUUUCUGGCCUUCAAUCAGGAGGUGUUCGACAGUGCAUUUUCCAAGUAAAAAGACUAGUAAUCAGAUGGCUAGGAUUCUUCAAUUGGGGUGAUUUCUAUAGUGUUGGACGUUUGUAAAAUCCAUCAAAUGGAUGGUUUGGCUUCACUAACAUGUAUGAUGAAAACCCAUCAAGCAAAUGCUUGUUUAUUCUGCAACA